AAGAAGCUGGACAGUGGGGCUGGGUUCAAAAGAGUGGACAUUGUCAGCCAGGACAAGGGAGGGGUUGCGGGUCUGAGCGUGGUGGGGAUGUGGAAGAAUGAGGAGACGUGCACGGCCCAGGUCACCAAAGACCAGUCCACAAUAGCUCAGCAGGAAUCAGGCAGCAAUAGCAGCAGUGUUGAUGGGAACCUGACCCCAUCGGGUGGGGUGGGGCCAAGGUGGGCUGACCCCGCAGCCCACGCUGUUAAGUUACUGGAGGAUGCCCUGACGGAAGGUUCAGAUUUGCCUUUUGAAAAUAAUCUUGUCGCCGACUGCAGUCCUACAGCACCGUACUGUCUAGAUCUGCACAGAAGGUAGGAUAUGUUAUGAUAAAGGAAUAUUGUGGUAGAUGCUAUAGUCAGGUUAUGAAAUAUAGAAAUAAAAAGCACAAAGUAAGUGAAAAAUUGAUAAAAAUACUCAACAAACAUUGUAGUCAAAAGUCAUCUCCACCCUACAAAAAUAAUAAUAACAUAAAUUGAAGACAAAAAUGAAUAAAAAAAUAGUUUUAACUUGUAGGAUUCACUGGUUCUUAAUUCAGUGAACCAGUUUUCUGUUCUUUCUUAUUCCCUUACAAUAGUAUUUGCUCAAUCAGUGCAAAAAUGUUUACCCUUAAGUUAAAAAGAAGUAUUUUACAGAAAAAAGGACAAAAUAAAGAUAUUAUUUGCAAGAUGGCUUUCUUUCUUUUACUCACUCCAUUCAUUUGAUACAUCUACUUAUAAAAAAAACUUAUUAAUCUAUUACAAAUUGGUGAUGUUACAAACAAACAAAAAUAAAGGUGCAAUAUUUUCAAUUUUAUUCUUUAAACAAACCUCAAUGUAUUUGAGGAUAAAUUGAAGAAAUUUUUUUUCAAAUAGAUAUAUUUUUAAUGGUGCUUUUAUUUAUUUAUUUAUUUAUGUAUGUAUAAUAUAAUGCUCUAAUAAAAUCAAUUUGUGCUUCAUGUUUUUUAAAUAUUAUUUAAAGAAUGUUGAGCUUACCCAGUGGUGCCUGAGAGGUGACCACAUUUUUCAGUCAUGUCAAAAUUUAGGAAAUUUUGACCCAUGACCCCAUAUUAGACUUGUCAGAGAAUAAAGCACUUCUAACGAAAUAAGUACAAAGUUGAGGUACAGCAGAUGAUUUCCAUUCUAUAUUCAGAGACAUUUUAAAAACUUGCAUCACACAGGUGUCAUUUAAAAUUAUCCCAGUUUUUCAUUGGUAAAAUACUCACCUUUGGUCUGUGCAAUUUUAAAAAAUUUCUAUUCCAUUUUCUUUUUAAUUCUUAAAAUAGAUUUUACCUUACAUCUGUCACACAUUAUAUUAGACUGUAAAAAAAGAAUAUAAAAUCAUGCAAAGAAUCUCUGACAUUGCAAGAAAAAUUGUCUCCUAUUCAUUUUUGUCUGUUCAUGUCUUAUAAUUCAAUGUACAUUUUAAGAAUCAUUAGAAUUUAUGGGGUAUAUCUAAUCUUCUAGUAUCAUAAUUAUCCCUUUCAGCUUAAAGAACUCUAAUAUUUUAUCUCGUUGUUUCAAUAUCCCCAGACUGUACUUGGCCCAGUAUAACAUUGUGGACACUGGGGCGCCCAUAUCACCAAGCAGCUGCCCUUCUUGUCUUCCUAUCCAGAGUUUGUCCGAGGCAGACUCGGUCUUCAACUCAAAUUCUGUCCCCAUGACAGAACAUUCUAAGCUUGUGGCUCAGCACAACCUGAGAAACACUUCGGCCAACUCAUCUAAAACUGGGGACGGGGCGGAGGGGCAGGCAUUUCACAAAGCAAAGCAGGCCCCCAGUAAGUCCUCGUCAGGGUUGCCCGCAGGUCAUUCUGCAUCAGUAUUAGCCAGUAGUGGUUCUAAAAGUAUCAGAGGGGAGGACAACCCUCUAACCAUAGUGACUUAUUGCAGCAGUUGUCAGUUCAGUGCAGCGCCCAGCAACUCUUUAAAGCAAUCCAUCGUAGAUUCCAAUGUGCCAGAUUCCUCCGCCAUCCACGGUGCAGGUGACGGAUCCCUCGCUCACCCCACCACGUCAACAGCAUUAGCAGAGCAUCAUCAUGUCACUAUCAUACAGUGCCCAGAUUCAUACUCGAGUCUCAGAACUUUACCCUGUGCCCACAAACAUCAUCACGACAGAGGGCUUUACUCCCAGAACUAUUGCACCCAUCUUCAGUCAUGGCCUGACCAUGAGGACGAGCAGUCUCACCCAUCUGCCACCCGUCCAAAUUCCUCCAUGUCAAAAGAUCUCUCUUCCUUGGACAAGCUCAGCCUGAUUCUGUCAGAAGAUCCGUCUGCUCAGAAUUCAUCCCACAACUUCCGCUCCAUGCCGGGGUUUGUCAUGAAGAACCCCGACCUUAUCAACAUUCUUCCAGAAAGGGACUCCCCCUCUCCCGAGAAAGACUCUUCCGAGAACUCCGAGGACCAACAGUCCUCAUUGUAUCCCAUAAACACAGACUACCUGGGUAACCACAUCCAAGACAUUGAAGUCCAGCAGACCAGUGCCUCUUUGCCUUCCUCCCCCAUACGUUUUGGGGUCAAGCCCGACCCGGCUGCCCAGAACAUUCAUGAGGAGAUCCUGAAAGGACGCUGCAAGCAUCUGAGCCCCUUGCUGGGCAGGAAAGGAAGGGACAGUCCGGUGACCUCACAAGAUCCUUUCCUGGGAAUGGAAGAUCUCAAGUUUUCUCAGCAGUACCAAAGCCUUGAGGCAUUUCAGAAAGCUCAACUCAAGCAAAAGGUUUGGUAUUUAAAUUUUUUAAAAUAUUUUUAAUUAUGAUUUAACCUCUGUUUAAAAAUGUAAUAAUUGAAGCUCUCAAUUCAGCUCUGUGUGCUUGAAUGAAUUGGGUUUGUGUACAUCAUCAGAUGAGGCGUAGAUUGAACAGUGCCUCCGGUAGGUUGGAGCAGGCCAGGACCUUCACCAUGCACAAUAAGGCGCCUCUAUGGAACGAGACCAGCCAAGUCUACCAGCUGGACUUUGGGGGGAGGGUAACCCAAGAGUCAGCUAAAAACUUCCAAAUAGAGCUCAGAGGCAAACAGGUAAUUCAUGAGAACCUGCAAACAGGUUGUAGGAAUGCAAACUAUAAAGUGUGUGUAAAAACUAAAAUGAAUGUGUUUUUUAUUUUUCUUGGAGUUUGGAAUUAGAAGUUUCAUAAAUUAUUGGUUAGGUUUCUACCAUACAAUUUAAAUAUAAAAUCUUCUUGAGAAAAUUGAGUUUCUUUAAAGGAACCACAGAAAUUCUGUUAGAGGCCAUUAAGAUAUUGUUGUGUCAUGUUGUUUUGUUUGGGUUUUUUUUUCAAUUUACCUGCCAGGUGACAUAACUCUUGAAAAACUAUUUUUAUAUGCAUAAAAUUUUUUUUUUAAAGUUUAAAUCCAUUUCUAAUGACCAGUACUAUCUAUGUGUUGCAGGUCAUGCAGUUUGGCCGAAUAGACAACAACGCCUACACACUGGACUUUCAAUAUCCCUUCACAGCAGUUCAGGCUUUUGCCGUAGCACUUGCAAAUGUAACGCAGAGACUCAAGUAAUACAGUGCAUACAUAGAGAUAUAAGCUUUUUGCAAAAGCACUUUGCAGUUUGUUGAGCUUCUGUCCUGGUUUGUGUGUCCAGUGUGUAUGUUUUUGCACAAAAAUUGAA